GUUUGUGUAGACUCUUCUCUUUUUCAUUUUGUCUCUCUAGCUCAAUGGCAUCGCUCUCCUCGUCUUCUUCUUCUCUCUCCAGCUUUCAACCUUUAGACUCUGACUGAAAACUCUGAAAAAAUCCAAAACCCUAACCCUAAUUAUUCUCUCUCUCUCUCUCUCUUUCAAAUCCCCAAUUCUAAAACUCUAAUUAGUUCGAAUUGAUUUGAAUUAAUGGGCCGUGACGAAUCAGCAACCUCACUCGCUCCCGGAUUCCGAUUCCACCCAACCGACGAAGAACUCGUUCGGUACUACCUGAAGCGCAAGGUGUUAAACAAACCUUUCAAAUUCGACCCAAUCUCCGUCGUCGAUAUCUACAAGUCCGAACCAUGGGACCUCCCUAGCAAGUCGAAGCUGAAGAGCAGGGAUUUGGAGUGGUAUUUCUUCAGUGCGUUGGACAAGAAGUAUGGGAAUAGUUCGAGGACGAAUCGAGCUACUGAAAAGGGGUAUUGGAAAACCACUGGGAAGGACCGUCCUAUUCGUCAGAAUUCUCGCACUGUUGGGAUGAAGAAGACCCUUGUUUACCACAAUGGUCGUGCUCCUCGUGGAGCUAGGUCCAAUUGGGUUAUGCACGAGUACCGCCUCAUCGACGAGGAUUUGGAAAAAUCUGGACUUGUUCUUGAUGCGUUUGUGCUGUGUAGGAUUUUCCAGAAGAGUGGGACGGGGCCGAAGAAUGGGGAGCAGUAUGGCGCUCCGUUUGUUGAGGAGGAAUGGGAAGAUGAUGACGUGGAGGUUUUCAUGCCCGGUGAAGCGGCUGCGGCUGAAGUAGUGAUGGUUGGUGAUGAUGCUUUUGUUGAAACGAAUGACCUUGACCAGAAUCUUGAGAUAAAUAUUCCAUCCGAAAAUCCUCCCCCGUUGAACUUUUAUUAUGGGGAAACGAGCAACCAUGCUGAGCAUUCUGGGGAGUUCAUUGAAGAUGAUCAAAAGCCUAUCAUAGGCGCUGGUGAAACCUCUGAGCCACAGUAUGACCAAUUUUUAAACAUACCAGAACAAUAUGGGAUGGGUACAAAUCCAGUCAAAGAUGAAUAUUAUGUUGAAUCAAGCAAUAAUGUGAAUCCUGCUGAAGUCAAUUACUCACUUGGAGGAUUUGUUGAAUCAAGCAAUAAUGUGAAUCCAGCUGAAGUCAAUUACUCGCUCGAUGAAUUCUACAUGGAUGCUGCUGAUAAUGCUCCAAUGGGUGAUGGAUUAUAUCUUGAAGCUAAUGAUCUUUCAAAUCCUGUGGAGGCAGAUCCUGAAGGUUUUGACAUGCUUGAUGAGUACCUAACAUUCUUUGAUGCAGAUGAUGACAACACACAAUUUUUAACAUUUGAUCCGUCUGAAAUCAUGGGGACUGAUAACUCUGUUUUUGACCAAGCACUUCAGAAGCAUGAGAAUGGAGGAACUGACCAAGUCUUCAAUGAGACUCUGCAUCUACCAGAGGCACAACGCAACAAUGAUGCAUCAUCUUCAAAGCAUAAGCCUGAGGCCACAAUAUAUGAAUCAGAUGAUAAGCAUCCAUUUGUCAAACGGGCCAGUCAUAUGUUGGGAAGCAUCCCUGCUCCUCCCGCGUUUGCUGCAGAGUUCCCUGCAAAAGAUCAUGCAGCUCUUAGGUUACACUCUGCUGCACAAUCCUCCAGCUCAGUUCGUGUCACUGCUGGUAUGAUCAGAAUAAGAAACACAACUUUAACUGGCAAUGGGAUGGACUGGUCACUUGGCAAGAAUAAUGAUGUCAGCCUCCUCUUGUCAUAUGUGCUGCCACAAGCUGACAUGAAUUCUGCCAAUUCUGUGCCGUUGGCUGUCUCACUCACUGGCAAGGGAUCGUCUGUAGUUUCACGGUGCUGGUGCUUCUUUUUGUUCUUUUGGGUCCUACUACUCUCUGUGAGCUUCAAGAUUGGAAGCUACAUCUGCAUCAAGUAAUGCUGAAUUAGUGAGAAAGUUGCCUAUGUGAAACCAUACAGAUUAUCCCAUCUUGAAUAUUCUUGGGUUGGUUCAUGGUUAAAAUUUAUAUACUCUAUAGACUGACUAGGACGUCACGAAGAUGCAGCUCUGUUUUUUAGUUCAUACUGACUGCCAAACUGAUACUUUGUGCUUUAUACCCCUUGUGAUUUCAUUGUAAUUCUUACACUGUCUACAUUCUAUAGUUGCAUAUUGUGUUAUUUUACUGACUACUAAACUGAUAAUGGGUUA